CCACACAUUUACUCACCCUCAAGCCAUCCAAGAUGUAGAUGAUACAAUUCUUCGAAAUUAUUCUAAUUUAAUUGGGUUUUGAAUAAGGUGUUUGAGCCACACCAAUAUAGCAUUGCAAAAUGCAAAAGGAAAUAUGACAUCAUGUAAAUAUAUUAGCAAAAAAGGCCGUCUUUGUUCCGUACGAUGAUGUAUUAUGGCUCAAACCGGAUCAAGAGGACUGUUGACAUAAAUAUCAUCAGGAUUUGUGCAUGUUAGCCACAAAAGUUUUGGAGGCUCUGUGUGUGGCCAGAUUACAUCACACGUGGAAAUUUUAUGUGCUCCUUUACUCCACCUCUCAUUCUCUAGCCCCCCGUCCAGCUCCUGUUCAGUUAAAGUAUUUCCCUUGUGAGAAGAGUUUAUUUCUGCUUCUCAUUCUCCUGCCAGAAACGCUUCUGAACUUUACUGCACACGCAACACUCUUAUUAGGGGUUUGGAUUGAGAAACACGCAUGCCAUCAGAGAGCUGAAACGCAUCUGCAGUCAAGGACUAUAAGAGUUUCAGAGGGACACUGCAUCAUACAGGUUGACGAUGCUGUCCGUGCUUUUGCUGAGCAUGUGUUUCUGGGUCUUCUCAGCCACAGCGUCUUUCGAUUACGUUUACUCUGAGCCUGAAAGCACUCUGAGUGUCAGCAUACCCAAUGAGCUUCCUCUCCGGCCUCUGAUGGGUGACACAUUAGUUCUGCCCUGCCACUUCCAGGACAACACAGUCAAUGACCCUGGUGCCCCCACCAUUGCCCCUUUGUCUCACCGGAUCAAAUGGAGUCUGAUCACCAAGGAAAAGUCCACAAACAUUUUAGUGGCAUCUGAAGGAGUAGUCAGCAUUGACAAAACGUAUCUUGAUAGGAUCACCAUGGUUGGAUACCCCACGACACCCACAGACGCCUCCAUUAAGAUCACUGAGCUCCAUUCCAAUGACUCUGGAGUGUACCGCUGUGAAGUCAUGAAUGGGAUAGAGGAUGGUCAUGAUAUUGUUGACGUUCAAGUUCAAGGUAUUGUUUUCCACUAUCGUGCAAUCACCACACGAUAUACCCUUACUUUUGAGAAGGCCAAGGCAGCCUGUGUUCAAAACAGUGCAGUGAUUGCUACUCCAGAGCAACUCCAAGCAGCUUAUGAUGAGGGAUUCCACCAGUGUGAUGCUGGCUGGCUUGCAGAUCAGACCGUCAGGUACCCUAUUCAUGAUCCUCGUGAGGCUUGCUAUGGAGACAAGUACCAGUUUCCAGGAGUGAGGACGUAUGGAGUAAGAGAUGUGAAAGAGACGUAUGACGUGUACUGCUUUGCUGAGAAAAUGACAGGAAAAGUGUUCCACACUACUUCUCCUAACAAAUUCACUUUUGAGGAGGCAGAAGCUGAGUGUGCAAAGCUAGCUGCCAAGUUGGCCACCACAGGACAGCUGUACCUGGCAUGGAAGGGGGGUAUGGAUGUUUGUAAUGCAGGCUGGUUGGCAGACAGGAGUGUCCGCUACCCCAUCAACAUUCCCCGACCGCAGUGUGGGGGUGGCCUGCUGGGAGUGCGAACCGUCUAUCUGUUUCCCAAUCAGACUGGCUACCCUCUCUCAGACUCCCGCUAUGAUGCAUUUUGCUACUCUGAAACGGCUGAGGAAGGUUCUGGCCUAUUGCCAUUCGACAUAGAGACGACCACAGAAGCUGGCAGUGGUGUCCUGAGUGUGGACACAAUCACAGAAAGCCCCCAGCUCUUUUUAAAGCCCACAUCCACAGAAAGUGAACUGAAGGGAGAAGUUGUAACAUAUAAGCCCUCAGUGACCACUAGUGUCGAAUUCCCAUAUACUGCACUAAAUAUUUCCCAGCUGCCCCUUUCACCAAUUCCCAGCUCUGCUGAGGUGGUUACGGACAUUAUGGAAGGGGUCAUUGACAGGACUGAUGUUGGCUCUGAUUUAUCCCGUUUGAAUGAAACUGAAGCUAUCAAACCUGCCACAGAAGGAACCACUCCUACUACUAUCCCUGCAGAACCCUCUGGACCUGAUGCAUCUGGGGCCAGUGGCACUGAUGAUCUUUUGAGCAGUGGGAGCGGGGAUCACCUGGGUGGGUCAGUUGUGUCAAUUGGAGACUCCUCUGGGGCCAGUGGUAGUGGGGAUCUGCCAAGCGGGUCUGGAGGCUCAUCAGGAUAUGGCAGUGGCUUAGAUAUCCAAGUGACCUUUUCAGGAAGUGACUUUGUUUUAUCAGAAGUUGGAUCACCUUCAGGACGACCUAAGGAGGCUGCAGAGGCAGGCACAGAGAUCCUCACCUUCCCCUUUGGCCAGGGUUCAGGCCACUCUGGACUGGACACCUCUGGAUUGGGAUCAGGGAGUGGGUCAGGGUAUAGCUUUGAAGAGAGUGGCUCUACCUCAGACUUUUCCAGCAGCUCAGGAGAAAGCGAUGAGAGUGGAGACCUUUCUGGCAUCUCUUCAGGAUCAGGUUCUAGUGAGGAGUCCUCAGGAUUCAGUGGUUUCCCAUCAGGAAUAUUUCCCUCUAGAGGAUCUAGUGGCAUUUCAUUCAUCGAUGGCAGUGGUGUCAUGGUGGAUAGCCCAUGGUUGAAGGUGUCCACUGCUCCACAUUUAAUAGAACAAGAGCUGGGUGGAAGUCAUUUGGAUUUAAGCAGAUCAGGACAUAUCUCAGAGUCUGGGAUGAGCGGUGAUAUAUCUGGGAUGAGUGGUGAUAUCUCUGGGAUGAGUGGUGAUAUCUCUGGGAUGAGUGGUGAUAUCUCUGGGAUGAGCGGUGAUAUAUCUGGGAGGAGCGGUGAUAUCUCUGGGAUGAGUGGUGAUAUAUCUGGGAUGAAUGGUGAUAUCUCUGGGAUGAGUGGUGCUAGAUCUGGGAUUAGUGGUGAUAUCUCUGGGAUGAGUGGUGAUAUCUCUGGGAUGAGUGGUGAUAUCUAUGGGGUGAGUGAUGAUAUAUCUGGAUUUUGUGAUGUUCACAGUGGCUCUGGGAGUGGUUUAGAGUUCUCUGGUAUGACAUUUUUGGGGUCGGACUUCAUUGAUCUCGAAGAACAAACUCGUGAGCAGGAAGCUUCUGGACUUCUGCUGUUUGGGUCUGGUAAGGGAAGUGGAUUUACAUCUGCAGGCUAUGGCACUGAAUCAGGAGAAAGAUUAGGGGAAUCAGCUAAUGGUGAGAUCAUCUUCACCAAUAAUGGUAUGGUGGAAAUGUCCAACAAGCCCUUCCAAGGCAUGGAGCAAGGAAGCGGGGAGGUGGAGUACAGUGGCACCGUCAGGUUGUCCUCAGGGAGCGGAGACGACCAAAGUGCCUAUUCUAGUGGACAAGAACAGGAAUGGAUCCCAUUUACUGAAGAUAUGCCAACAGUGAACUCCAGUGAUGCUCCCUUAGCUGUGCUGUCUGCUCAAGGGCCAUCUGGCCUGAACAGUAAUGCUGCAGGACCUCCAGUGCCUUAUUCAGAACCAGAGGGGAUCACGAGUAAACUUGAAACGGUUACUUCUGCAGCUUUGUCUUCUAGCACAGAACCUACUUCUUUACAGAGCCCUUCUGUCACGGAAGGACUUGUUGGGAAUGCUUCUCUUAACCCAUGUGAACCAAACCCUUGUGGAGCUGGAGUGUGUUCACUGAAGGAUGGGGUGGGUAUUUGUCACUGCCCACCUAGACUGCAUGGAGAAAAGUGCAAGUUUGAGGUUGAUGUUUGCCAUUCAAAUCCCUGUUCCAGUGGAGCCACCUGUGUGGAGGUGGAGGACGCUUUCAAAUGCUUAUGUCUGCCCAGCUAUGAAGGAGACCGCUGUGAGAUUGAUGUGCACAGCUGUGAGGAGGGCUGGACUAAGUUUGAGGGCAACUGUUACUUGCAUUUCUCGACGAGAGAGAACUGGCUGGAUGCUGAGCAGCGCUGUCAAGACUUAAACGCUCAACUGGUGAGCAUUAUCACUCCAGAGGAACAAGCCUUCAUCAGCUCAUAUGCACAAGACUAUCAGUGGAUUGGACUGAAUGAUAAAAUGGUGGAAAAUGACUUCCGCUGGUCAGAUGGGACCUCACUGCAAUAUGAGAACUGGAGGCCUAACCAACCCGACAAUUAUUUUAACUCUGAAGACUGUGUCGUAAUGAUCGGGCAUGGAAAUGGCCAAUGGAAUGACAUGCCCUGCAACUACUACUUACCUUUCACAUGCAAAACAGGUCCAGUGACAUGUGCCCAACCUCCUAAAGUGGAGAAUGCCAGGAUGUUUGGAAACAAGAAAGAGCACUACCAGGUGAAUUCUGUAAUCAGAUACCAAUGCAGUGAAAACUUCAUACAGCGCCACCUACCUGUGAUCCGCUGCAUGGCAGAUGGACAGUGGGAGAAGCCACAAGUGCGAUGCAUAGCCAAGGUCAAAUCCGGAAUACAAAAGGAAUCUUCUGAUCAUCACUCUCAUAAAUCUAUUACAACAACAUUGGAGAAACAUCUCUAAGGAGAUUUAAAGAGCUAGAGAUUCGUUUUUAAAUCAGUACAAGUUUUAUAUUUAUUUUCCAAGACACUGAAUUAAAGGUAUACUCCACCCCAAAAUGAAAAUUUUGUCAUUAAUCACUAACCCCCAUGUC